GUCAUUGAUGUGCUUCAACAACAAAGGGCCACAACUCUGUUGAAGUUUAUCGAAGAUGCUGGUUUGACUGAUACCUUGAAAGGAGCAGGACCAUUCACAAUUUUUGCCCCAAGCAACCGAGCUUUUGGUCGACUUGAUGCUAACACCACAGCUGCCCUGGCCGCUGAUAAAACUAUGUUAGCUAAUGUCUUGAAGAACCAUGUCGUAGCUGAUAAUCUGAGACGAAGUGAUAUCAGAAUGAACGAAAGACAAGUCACCAGUUUGGCUGGAAGCAAAAUCAGAUUGAACCAUUAUAUUUCUACUGGGGCAUCCACCGCUAAUGGAAUCCAAAUGUCCACCACCGACCACACAGCCAGUAAUGGAGUCGUUCACAAUAUAAAUGGCGUCAUCCCUACACCAGCUGGUAGUAUUGUCGAUAUCGCUAAAGCCGAUCCUGAACUCAGUACUCUUGUUGCUGCUGUUACAGCUGCUGGACUUGGUACCUUCUUGGCUGAUCAGAGUCCCAUCACUGUUUUCGCACCAACCAAUGAUGCUUUCAAUGAACUUGGUUCAGAUGUAGUACAGAAAAUCCUCGCUGAUAAAGAUUUACUUAAAACUAUUUUGACCUAUCACGUGAUCCCAGGAAGUCUCUACACAGCCGGCUUCCACAGUGCUAGUUUACAUACC